CCUGAGCAGCCGCGGCCGGGCGCGGUGGGCCGACUGGACCGGGGAGCGGAGGCCGCUGGAGACGAAGGCGGAGGCGCACGUCCGGCGGUGUCCUGGCGCCAGGAGGAGGCCGAGGGGACCAUGUCCGGGAGGGACGUCCACCUCUCCACCACCGAGCGCGUCGUCAAAGGUGCCUCUCAAAUAAACAAUCUUGUUCAUAUUGAAAGUUCCUCAAAAGACCAUCUGUAAUUCAAAAUUUUUCCUUGAUGAAAUUAUGCCAUUUGUUGAGUUACAUUCAUGAUUUGAAAACGUGAAGGACACAGAGGAGUCACAGAAGAGACACAGAAUCAGAUUGAGAAAACUAUGUGACCUGCAACAGUUGCUGUCCCCUUUCCUCCAACACAACGGCUUACUUUGAAGGAAGUGUUUGAAAAUGGAAAACCUAAAAUUGAUGUUUUGAAAAACCAUUUGGUGAGGGAAGGGCGACUGGAAGAGGAAGUAGCCUUAAAGAUAAUCAACGAUGGGGCUGCCAUCCUGAGACAAGAGAAGACUAUGGUAGAAGUAGACGCUCCGAUCACGGUGUGUGGUGACAUUCAUGGACAGUUCUUUGACCUGAUGAAGUUGUUUGAAGUUGGAGGAUCACCUAAUAAUACACGUUACCUUUUUCUGGGUGACUAUGUGGACAGAGGCUAUUUCAGUAUAGAGUGUGUGCUGUUUUUGUGGAGUUUAAAGAUUAAUCAUCCUAAAACAUUGUUUCUGCUUCGAGGAAAUCAUGAAUGCAGGCAUCUUACAGAGUAUUUCACCUUCAAACAGGAAUGUCGAAUCAAAUAUUCUGAACAGGUAUAUGAUGCUUGUAUGGAUACAUUUGACUGUCUUCCUCUUGCUGCCCUCUUAAACCAACAGUUUCUGUGUGUACAUGGAGGGAUGUCACCUGAAAUUACUUGUUUAGAUGACAUUAGGAAAUUAGACAGGUUUAAAGAACCUCCAGCCUUUGGGCCAGUGUGUGACCUGCUUUGGUCUGAUCCCUCAGAGGAUUAUGGCAAUGAAAAGUCCUUGGAGCACUAUACCCACAACACUGUCCGAGGGUGCUCUUAUUUCUACAGUUACCCUGCAGUUUGUGAAUUUUUGCAGAACAAUAAUUUGUUAUCAAUAAUCAGAGCCCAUGAAGCCCAAGAUGCUGGGUAUCGAAUGUAUAGGAAGAGCCAAACAACAGGCUUUCCGUCACUCAUUACAAUUUUCUCUGCCCCCAAUUACCUAGAUGUCUAUAACAAUAAAGCUGCUGUGUUAAAAUAUGAAAACAAUGUCAUGAAUAUCAGGCAGUUUAACUGUUCUCCACACCCCUACUGGCUUCCAAACUUCAUGGAUGUUUUCACGUGGUCUUUGCCUUUUGUUGGGGAGAAAGUCACAGAGAUGCUGGUUAACAUUCUCAACAUAUGCUCUGAUGAUGAAUUGAUUUCCGAUGAUGAAAUUGAAGAUCACUACAUUUCAAGCUAUCAGAAAGGAGGCACCACAGUUCGAAAGGAGAUCAUCAAGAAUAAAAUCAGAGCCAUUGGGAAGAUGGCGCGGGUCUUUUCAAUUCUGCGGGAAGAGAGUGAGAGUGUGCUGACUCUCAAGGGCCUGACUCCUACGGGUACACUCCCUCUGGGGGUCCUCUCAGGAGGAAAACAGACCAUUGAGACGGCCACAGUAGAAGCGGUAGAGGCCCGGGAAGCCAUCAGAGGAUUUUCACUUCAGCACAGGAUCCGGAGUUUUGAAGAAGCCCGAGGUCUGGACCGAAUCAAUGAGCGGAUGCCACCCCGAAAAGAUAGCCAGUACCCUGAUGGGCCAGUGACAUUGGUGACCCCUGUACACCCACACACUGCACACAGGAGUGACAAGGGGAGAAAAGCCAGUCGUGACCCGGAGUCCUGCUAUGGCACAGGUGGAUCCAAGACUUAAGAACACAUUUUAUUUAUUUAUUAUUGGAAAACAAAACAGAAACAGCUUAAACAACUUAAACUUGGAGGUGCAUUCAUAAUAUACUCU